UGCAAAGCCUGGCAAGCUCCGUACCAUCCCCAUCCCUGUCGCCAGGUGCUACACCUACAGCUGGAACCAGGACAGCUUUGACAUCCUGCAGGAAAUCCUGCUCAAGGAACAGGAGCUGCUCCAGCCAGGAAUCCUGGGGGACGAUGAGGAGGACGGGGAGGACGAGGAGGACGAGGAGGACUUGGAAACCGAGGGGCCUUGUGCCGAGAGGGACUCGCUGCUCUCCGGCGGCUCGGCAGCCUUCCACGACUCCACGCUGUCGCUUGCCUCAUCCCAGGCCUCGGGACCCACCCUCUCCCGCCAGUUGCUGACCUCCUUUGUCGCGGGCCUCUCUGACGGCAUGGAUAGUGGCUACGUGGAGGACGGCGAGGAGAGCUCCUUCGAGUGGCCCAAGAGGCCUGGCAGCCAGGAGCGCCGGGGCCACCGCAGGCCCGGGCAGAAGUUCAACAGGAUCUAUAAGCUCUUCAAGAGCACCAGCCAGCUGGUGCUGCGGAGGGACUCCCGGACCCUGGAGGGCAGCCCGGACAGCGCCCGGCCCCUGCGGCGGGCCGGCAGCCUCUGCAGCCCCUGCAGCCCCCUGGAUGGCCCGGCGCUGCCCCCGUCCCGGGCCCAGCGCUCCCGCUCCCUGCCCCAGCACAAGCUCGACCCCGAGCUGCCCGGCUGGCUCCUGGCCCCCGCCUCCCGUCACCGGCGCCGCUGCCCCUUCCUGAGCGGGGACGAGGACCCCAAGGCCUCCACGCUGCGAGUCGUGGUCUUCGGCUCCGAUCGGAUCUCGGGGAAGGUGGCCCGGGCGUACAGCAAACUGCGCAGGCGGCUGGAGAGCAACCGUCCGCUCCUCACGCGGUUCUUCAAGCUUCAGUUCUUCUACGUGCCCAUGAAGCGGAGCCGCGGGACCAGCGCCAGCCCAGCCCCUCGGAGCCAGACGCCGCCGCUCCCCACAGACCCCCCGAGGCACCCCGGCCCUGCGGAGCUGGGUGCAGCCCCCUGGGAGGAAAGCACCAAUGACAUCUCCCACUACCUCGGCAUGCUUGACCCCUGGUAUGAGCGCAACGUCCUGGGCCUCAUGCACCUGCCCCCUGAAGUCCUGUGCCAGCAGUCUCUGAAGGCUGAGUCCCGGCCCCUGGAGGGCUCUCCUGCCCAGCUGCCCAUCCUGGCGGACAUGCUGCUCUAUUACUGCCGCUUCGCUGCCCGGCCGGUGCUGCUGCAGGUCUACCAGACCGAGCUGACCUUCAUCACCGGGGAGAAGACGACAGAGAUCUUCAUCCACUCCCUGGAGCUGGGUCACUCCGCCGCCACACGCGCCAUCAAGGCUUCGGGUCCUGGCAGCAAGCGAUUGGGCAUCGAUGGUGACCGGGAGGCCAUCCCUCUAACACUACAGAUUAUUUACAGCAAGGGGGCCAUCAGUGGACGCAGUCGCUGGAGUAACAUGGAGAAGGUCUGCACCUCCGUCAACCUCAGCAAGGCCUGCCGGCAGCAGGAGGACCUAGACUCCAGCACGGAGGCCCUGACGCUAAACCUGACAGAAGUGGUGAAAAGGCAGAACCCUAAAUCCAAGAAGGGCUUCAACCAGAUUAGCAUCUCGCAGAUCAAAGUGGACAAGGUGCAGAUUAUCGGCUCUAACAGCUGCCCCUUUGCCGUGUGCCUGGACCAGGACGAGAGGAAGAUCCUGCAGAGUGUGGUCAGGUGUGAGGUCUCACCCUGCUACAAGCCGGAGAAGAGCAGCCUCUGCCCCCCACCCCAGAGGCCCUCCUACCUGCAGGCGCAGGCCGCACCCGACCUCUGCUCCCUGCUCUGUCUGCCCAUCAUGACUUUCAGUGGCGCUCUGCCCUAGCGGCCCAGCACCAGCCUGGACAGCAAGCCCGGGGGCAGCCUCCUCGGAGCCCCCUCCCUCUUGGAGGGCCUCGCUCCCCGUGGAGAACUGGACGACCCUGUGCUGGGUCAGGGUCCCGCUGUGGGCCCUGCAGCAGGCAGGGGGCAGGGGUUAGGGGGUUGACGGCGCCUCAGGGCUCUGUUUGGGAAAGAAACAGGCAUUAGGGAGAGGGGCCUGGCCCUACAGCCCCUCAGAUUCCUCAGGUAGAAAGGAGAAGGAUGGGUGGGCUGGCCUCUGAAGGCCCUGCCCUCUGGUGUGGUCUAGGAUCCUUUCUAGAAGAAAGAUCUGAGGCUCUGGUGCUCUGGGGUGUGGUUUAGGCCUCCUCCCCCAACCCUUGGCCGGGCCCCCCCCCUUACUUUGUCAGGGGCUUGGGGAGCCCUUGGAGUCUGGAAUUUCAGUCCCCUUACUCAGGGGUUCAGGUGGUAGAAACGUAGAUGCGACUUUUCUGACCUCAGUGCCGUCGCCCCCAUCCCACACCCCUCUCUGUCUCUCUCUCUCACACACACACACACACACACACACACACACACACACGCAUGCAUGCACGCACGCACACACACACACCCGCACACACCCUUUCUCUCUCAAGUUCCCUGGAUCUUCUAAAAAACAGCACUAACACUUGACCUGUCUGCUGUCAGGACUCAGAACAGACUCUCUCUGGAGCCUCUUUCUGGAUCGAGAUCCUUGGGAGGCAGGACGAGCUUAGAUUCAGUGGCAGCUCUUACCUUCUAGCUAAAUGACCAGAAGGAAGUGAAUUAGCUUCUUCAAGCCUCCCUUUCCUGAGCGCUAAGAUGGGGGGAUAUAAGACCUCCUUAAAAGGCUGAGACAAAAUUGUGUGCAACGCGCCUGGCUCAGCCGCAGGCUCAUAGCAGGUGCUCAGUAAAGGUCAGCGGCCUCGCCCUUUAAGCCCUGACUCACCUGUCUGGCGGGGGGUGGGGAGGCGAUGCUCUUCAUUCCCUCCUUUCCAAUUCACUGAUGAGGCAGGACCCAGACCGAGGGGGUAGGGAGCCCUCGGUUCUACCCUCUGAAGGAGAGGAGGGCUGCACACGUGCCUUCACCUCCUCCUCUCCCGGGUUGGCCCCUGUGCCCCACUUCCCGUCUCACUCCAUUGUGUGUGAAAUCUUCCAGCCCCAAAGUUCACUGGUACCACUGCGCCUGGGCAGGUUCCCAGAGGAGUAGAGGAUGGACAGCUGAGCUUGAGGAGCUUAGGGCCUGAUUGGGGGAAAACGGCUGAUACAACAUGAGAGCCAAAGUUUUUAACUGCCAGGUUGCAGUGGUUUGAGAAGCUGGAAGCUGAUGUGGGCUAGGAUGGUAGGCGGAGGGCGGGCCUGGGCCCGGGACUUGGACUCGUAGAGGUGGAGAAAGUAACCACGGAAGCAAGACAACUGUAUUCUGCACAGAACCCCUCGAUUCCCUCCUGCUCCGGCUUCAUCUGGUCCAAAGGUUCUGGGCUUAUAGGAGCCCAUGAAACCCCAGCCCAGAGAACUCAGGACUUGAGAGAAGUGGACAGAAUGUCUCUGGCCGCAUAUCGUCACCCUUCCGCUGUCAAGGCCAUCUGUCCUUGCUUCAGGCCCCAGACAGUGGUUGGCAGUAUACCUUCAAUAUUUUUUGUUGUGUGAGCUGGUUGUCCUACUAUUGACAGAUGUUCAAGAAUAAACAAGUGGAAUUUAAUAUUAUUGUCAAAUAAAACUUGAUUCCU